CACACCUCUCCCACACACACACAUAUUGACGCGUACACUGAUAGACUCUCUCUCUCUCUCUCUCUUAAAGUUUUCGCUCUCUCUCUCCCUCCAUCUCUCUUGGUCGCUCCAAUCCGAAAACAGAUGGGUUCAUGCCCGAAAACCGUUUCUGGUUUUCAGCAAACCCUAAUUAUCUACGAAACCCACUUCUUGUAAAACAGACAAAAGAAGAAACUCGCAAGAUUCGUUUAUUAUCCUAUUUUUCAUAUUAUUAUUUUUUGUUUUUCCUGAAAAAUCCACCAAUGGGAGGCAUUUCACUGGUUUUAAGUUGUUUCGUCUCGAUUCUGCUGUUGACCGAGCGAGUCAGCUCAGAGUCACUCGAGGAGAAACAAGCACUCCUCGCCUUCCUUCAACGGAUUCCUCACGAGAAUCGUCUCCAGUGGAACGACUCAGACUCGGCCUGUAACUGGGUCGGAGUAGAAUGCAACUCGGACCGGUCCUCCGUCUACUCUCUCCGGUUACCAGGUACCGGUUUAGUCGGUCAGAUCCCAUCCGGAACCUUAGGGAAACUGAGCCAGCUACGAGUUCUCAGUCUCCGGUCUAACCGGCUCUCCGGUCAGAUCCCUCCAGAUUUCAAAAACCUCACUCACCUCCGGAGCUUAUACCUACAACACAACGAACUCUCCGGGGAGUUCCCGGCGAGUAUCACGCAGCUAACCGGCUUGGUUCGUCUCGACAUCUCUUCUAACAACUUAACCGGAUCGAUUCCUUUCGCAGUCAACAACCUCACUCUCUUGACCGGUCUCUUCCUCGGGAACAACCGAUUCUCCGGGAACCUCCCGAGCAUAACCGUCGGUUUAACGGACUUCAACGUCUCCGUCAACAACCUAAACGGCUCGAUUCCUUCUUCCUUGUCUAAAUUCCCCGCCGCGUCGUUCGCGGGGAACGUGAAUCUCUGCGGCGGUCCGUUGCGGCCGUGCAAAUCAUUCUUCAUAUCUCCGUCGCCCUCUCCUGAUGCUGAUUCUCCUCCCUCACGUUUCUCCGGCGGGAAGAAAUCAAAGCUGUCCACGGCGGCUAUUAUUGCGAUCUCCGUCGCGAGCGCGUUAAUUGGUCUUCUCCUGUUAGCUCUCGUCUUUUUCCUCUGCUUGACGAGGAGGAAACGACGAGGAGGAGGAGGAAGCAGAACGAAACAGACGAAGCCUGCGGAGACGACAACGCGAAACGUCCCCGAGGCGAUUCCUCCAGCUGGAGGAGCUUCGUCGUCUAAGGAUGUUACUACGGGGACGUCGUCGGGGAUGGGAGAGAGGAACAGACUCGUUUUCACGGAAGGAGGGGUUUACAGUUUCGAUUUGGAGGAUUUGCUGAGAGCUUCGGCGGAGGUUUUGGGGAAAGGAAGCGUGGGGACGUCGUAUAAGGCGGUGUUGGAGGAAGGCACGACGGUGGUCGUGAAGCGUUUGAAAGACGUGGCGGCGUCGAAGAAGGAGUUCGAAUCGCAGAUGGAGGUUGUUGGCAAAACCAAGCACCCGAAUGUUGUUCCGUUGAGAGCUUAUUAUUACUCCAAAGAUGAGAAGCUUCUCGUCUUUGAUUUCAUGCCCAGUGGAAGCCUCUCUGCUCUUCUUCACGGGAGCCGUGGAUCGGGACGAACUCCGUUAGACUGGGAUAACCGUAUGAGAAUAGCAAUAACUGCAGCGAGAGGUUUGGCCCAUCUUCAUGUUUCAGCCAAAUUGGUGCAUGGAAACAUCAAAGCCUCAAACAUACUCCUACAACCAAACCAAGACACUUGCGUCUCUGACUACGGACUCAACCAACUGUUCAGUAACACGACUCCACCAAACCGUUUGGCGGGUUAUCAUGCUCCCGAAGUUCUCGAGACACGGAAAGUAACUUUCAAAUCAGAUGUGUAUAGUUUCGGGGUGUUGCUGCUUGAGCUCUUGACUGGUAAAUCACCAAACCAGGUAUCACUCGGUGAAGAAGGCAUUGAUCUACCUCGGUGGGUACUCUCUGUGGUUAGAGAAGAAUGGACUGCUGAAGUAUUCGAUGUUGAGCUGAUGAGGUACCACAACAUAGAGGAAGAGAUGGUCCAGCUUCUUCAAAUCGCAAUGGCGUGUGUCUCUACGGUUCCUGAUCAACGGCCGGUAAUGCAGGAAGUGCUGAGAAUGAUUGAGGAUGUGAACAGAAGUGAAACAACCGAUGACGGGUUAAGACAAUCGUCUGAUGACCCGUCCAAAGGUUCAGAGGGUCAGACUCCUCCAGGGGAAUCAAGGACGCCACCACGUUCGGUCACGCCUUAGUGUAACUGAAAGCAGCUUUAGUUUGUGUGUGUUCACUUUCUCCUCAAAAGGAGAUAAAAACAAAAAAAGUGUGUGAGGUCUUUGUUGGGUUACGGUAAAGCAAAAAGGCUGGACCAGUGUGGCAUUUGAACCAAGUUCUUAAAAGAUGGCAUCUCCCAUCUAUUUUUUUCUUGAUUUUUUUCUUAAAUACAUUUCUGAGAUAUUCUAGUAGUUACUUUUCCUUUUC